AUGAUUGAUCGAUUGCUACGCCUCCUUAUCGCAUAUUCGGUGUGCACUUGUAAGUUGGUGCAGGAUGAAGAAGGAAGAGACACAAGGACGUAUGGUCUAGGGAAAGUUGGAAAGAAGUUCGUUAAGGAUGAAGAUGGAAUCUCAAUUGCACCAUAUGUGAUUUUGUCCUGUAUACAAACCAACGGAACUAUAUGGUCUUACCUCACAGACUCAAUACGAGAAGGCGGAGCAUCUGCAUGGGAGAGAGCUCAUGGGGCAUUGUUCUUUGAUUUCAUGAAGGAAAAUGAGUUUUUCAUGGGAAAUUUUAACGAAGCGAUGGAGAGUCAUACGUACGUAAUGAAGAAAAUAUUAGAGAACUACGAUGGCUUUGAGAGUAUGAAAGAUUGCACUUUGGUUGAUGUAGGAGGUGACAUAGGCACUAAUCUUGCCCAAGUUCUCUCCAAGUUCCCACAUCUUAAAGGCGUUAACUUUGACUUGCCUCACGUCGUCCUAGAAGCUCCUCAAAUCCAUGGCAUGGAACACAUUGGUGGUGAUAUGUUUGAUGAAAUUCCACGAGGCCAGGCCAUAUUGAUGAAGUGGAUACUUCAUGACUGGAGCGAUGAUAAAUGCGUGGAGAUAUUGAAAAACUGUAAGAAAGCAUUGCCAGAAACUGGAAAAAUACUUGUAAUUGAAAUGAUAGUGCCGCAAGAAAUAUCGGAAACCGAUAUUGCAACCAAGAAUACAUUUCAUGCAGAUGUGAAGGUGUUGUGUUUAACGCGUGGGGGCAAAGAGAGAACCAAGGAGGAAUUUAAGGCUUUUGGCUAUGAAAGCUGGAUUUAA